CGGGUAUUUGGAACUGAGAGAUAUCCGCUAUUGAUGAACAGCAAGUCACAAACCUAUGGAUGUGUUUUUGUUCUCUUUCUUUUUCUCUCUCACGCACUAUUAUACAUGGCAACUCCCAUUACUAAUGUACAUAAUACCCUUCAUCGAAAGCGAGAAAUAUCGCCACCCAGUCCCAACUAUAACUCGAAACGGUCUCGCAUAGAUACCCUUUUUCAUAGCCCUACGCGGGACUUUGAGGACGAAUUAUUGGGUGCUCAGUCACCUAUACUCGAAGACAGAAACAUACUGCCUGAACCUGGAAGAGGUUAUGAAAAUUCGCCUUCGCGACACUCUAGCAUGAAUCAUGAUUUAUUAGGCGAAGCAAUACUUGAACAAGAUAAUCAAGAAGACAGUCCAAGUGAAGACGAUUUCUUACUUAGUGGUCAAGAUAAACCUUUUCGCCGCUCUCUUUAUAGUGAACUUGUGUCUAGCAGUAAUUUUGAUGAUGAAAUACCUUCAAGGCGAAAAAGCAUCAUGUCUUCCAACUUGUUUGAUGUAGAAGAAGAUGAAGACGACGAAGAAACAACUAUGGAAGAUAAAACAACAUUGCCUCUCAGUCGAUCGUAUGUUCGCCCCACAGUGCCACCGCCUAUUUAUGAAGAUGAAGUUGAUGCAUUUUUCUCAAGUCACAAUCCAGCAGAUGAACCUGAAUAUGUGUUAUCUUCCGCAUUAAAAAUGAGCAUACUACAACAACAACAUCAACAAGGUCCGCCUUUUAUUACCGAUUUCCCCCAUUUUUUGACACAAGAGUAUUUCGAGCAAUGUGGGCCUCAGGACAGACAGAUUCGCCGUCGUAAUUCACAGAAUGGACCGUAUUUUGAAGAAAAGUUCCAUAUGAUUAAGAAUAUGGGCUCGGGUGAAUAUGCUGAAGUGUGGAAAGUGAGAUGUUUAAAUACCAACGAAGAGUAUGCUAUCAAGAAAUCAAAAGUACCAUUUAUUGGCUGGGAUGAUCGUUGGCUGCAAAUCAUCGAAGUAGAUCACCUAAGACGAGUUAAGCAGAGUAAACAUUGUGUACAUAUGAUUGAUGCAUGGGAAGAAAAAGGGUUUCUGUAUAUCCAACUUGAAUUAUGUUCCAAUGGGAGUUUGGAUAGAUACAUUCAAUUGAAGCAUGAAAAUAUAGAUGAACAGACUGUUUGGAAAAUAUUUUAUGAGAUAGUGCUUGGCUUACAAGAUAUUCAUGCUGCAAAUAUUGUCCAUCUAGAUCUGAAACCCUCCAAUAUUCUGAUUGAUGAUAGAGGGUGUAUUAAGAUCAGCGACUUUGGUAUUUCAAUACAAACACCUGCGGAUAUGCGUUGGGUGAAAGGAGAAGGCGAUAGACGAUAUAUGGCACCAGAUUUACUGCGAGAAGAUUUUGAUAAGCCAGCUGACAUUUUCAGUUUAGGUCUUAUUCUGCUCGAAUUGGCUACAGGCAUUGUGUUACCAGGCACUGGCGAAUCAUGGGAAAUGUUACGUGUAGGUGAUUUCUCAAAACAGAAAUCAGCCAUGUUAAGACUGACGCCUUUUAUGCGGGAAAUGAUUGAGUGGCUUUUAACAACCGAAUCUAGAGACAGACCUACAGUACAAGACAUUAUUCGACACCCAUCAUUUCAAGCGAUACAGAUACAUACAGGUGCAUUACAUGAUUAUGUGGAAGAAUUGUCAAAAUCAAAUCGAAUAAGAGAUACAAAUGAAGAAUAAAUGACAUGCAGGCGCCACUUUAAUAAACAAAAUAAAAAAACUGACUGUGUGUAAUCUAUUUAAAGC